AUGGGCCUUAAAUACAACGUAUAUCUCACAGCAAACAAGAUCUUUGGGUGCAAGCAAUGCAAGACCCAUCUUGCCGAUUACAAUGACAUUAUCAGCCGGAACUUCCGAGGCCAACACGGAAAGGCGUAUCUAUUCAACAACGUUGUCAACGUUACCCAAACCGAACCCGUGGAGCGUAGCAUGACGACCGGGAGACAUAUCGUUCGGGAUAUUGCGUGCAGACAAUGCAAGGAAACGGUGGGAUGGAAAUACGAUAAAGCAUACGAGUCGAGCGAGAGGUAUAAGGAGGGGAAGUUCAUCCUGGAAGAAGAACUGCUCUGUGUGGUGUGUUAG